CGCUGCUUCACGCUCCGUCAGUCUGUCGGCAACCUGCGUACCAGUCGUGUCGCAGCGCUCACGUAACAAAAUUCUUAUUAUUAUUACUAUCACUCUUUACUUGCCUUGAAACUUGAUCGGUGGUGUGUUCAGUCUCGUUUUCGACUUCGUUGCGCGUAUUUGAUUUUCGACACCGUCCCAUCCCUUAAUUACGUUCUCACGUCCAGGAGCUAUCGCGCUCGCGUUGAAGAAAUCGCUGUUGCCGCCGCCGUCGCCGCCGUCGCCGCCGCAUACGUCCGCGCUCGCGCAUGAAACUCGCCACGAUUUGCGAUCGUAUGUACGCGCGCAUCACACAAGGCGCACCGAUAAAGUGAUCGAGAGACAGAAAGCUGUCACGAGGGAGAGAGGGAGAGAAGAGCACAAAUACGUCAAGUACGAACCGAUCGCCUGUGAGCCUUACCCGAUCGCCGCUCCUGGUACUUACGAGCGUCGCUGGCACUUUGGAGCGUUGCUGCGAGCCAGCCAUCCGGUGCGUGGCAAGUCGCACCAGCAGCGACAACGCGUCUCGCGCAACCUCGUCUUCGUUGUCAUCGUCGCCGUCGCCGUCGUCCUCUUCGUCGUCGUAGCGUGUAGCCGCGCGACGCAGCAGCUCUGGAGUUCAUCAGCCGGAACAUCGUCGUCAUCGAACGCACACUCCUUCUAUCCGGUGCAUGGGUCACUGUUCGACGAUAGAUGAACCAUCCUGUUUACAGGAACAACAUCGCCGUCGUCGUCGUCGUCGUCGCCGUUGCCGAUCGCGUUCACCGGGUGCUGCUGCCCUGCUCUCCACCUCCACGGCGGGCUGCUGGUGUAUCGAUUGCUCUAAAAUAGACGCGUGGGAACAACACCUGCAGGCCAGGCGUACACGUACACACAUGCCGUUCGCAAGCGCAUAAACGCGCAACAGACCACACACGCUUGUGUGUGUUUUACGCUUCGUACACACACUCAUACAGACGGCAUAUUCAUUCUCUCUCUCUCUCUCCCUCUCUUUCUCCUCUAUUUCUCGUUGUUACGCUGCUACGACUCUCUCUCUCUCUCUCUCUCUCGCAGCAGCAACGUGUGACAGGUGCAACGACGACGACAUCGUCGUAGGGUGGUCGGUGGUGGCGCUGGCGAAGAGUCGCAGCAGGAAGCAGAAGAAGAAGAAGUGAAUCGACUCGUGGUCGCGAAAGGACGCGAAGAAGAGAAAGAAGUAGAAAAAGUCAAGAAAGGACAGACGGAAGAGCAAAAAGAAGAAGAAAGAGAGAAGCCGGUCAAAGAAGAAAGAAAAGGAUCAGAUCGGGGAAGGAGGGAAGGCGUGGAGAGAAAAGAGAAGGGGGAGGAAGAAGAGGAGGAAAAGGAGGAGGAAGAGGAGGAGGAGGAGGAGGCCGCGGCCCCCGUGUUUCUUGCGAAGGGAAGGUUAUUUUCCAGUGAUACGUCCUGGAGGCGCCCGUCGUCUUCGCCGGUACAACCAUAACGCCGCCCGCUUUAAAAAGACCGAGACGGGACACGGUGGAUUCAUCGCCGCCACCCGCUCGUACCGCAGCCCCCGGCAACCCCGGACCGUCCGGCAAACUCGCCUGCAUCAUGGACGCGCCGCUAUCGCAGAGUAUGGACUCCGUUAACACGGUGGCCACCGGCGAAGACGAGGUGCGCACCUUGUUCGUGAGCGGCUUGCCGAUGGACACCAAGCCGAGGGAGCUCUAUCUGCUUUUCAGAGCGUACGAGGGGUAUGAGGGGUCGCUGUUAAAAGUCACGAGUAAAAAUGGGAAAACAGCGUCGCCGGUGGGAUUCGUGACUUUUCACACGAGGGCAGGCGCAGAGGCGGCGAAGCAGGAUCUGCAGCAGGGGGUUAGAUUCGAUCCUGAUAUGCCACAAACCAUACGUUUGGAAUUUGCAAAAAGUAACACAAAGGUUAGCAAACCCAAGCAACCAGCCGCUGCAGCAGCCACCUCGCACCCCGCUCUGAUGCACCCUUUAACGGGACACCUAGGGAGUCCGUUCUUCCCCGGUGGUCCUGAAUUGUGGCAUCAUCCAUUGGCGUACUCUACAGCCGGCGAAUUACCGGGCACGCUGCAACAUGCGACGCUGGUGCAUCCGGCGUUACAUCCUCAGGUCCCCGCGCCUAUGUCCCUGCCGCAUCCUACGACGUUGACGUCGAUACACGCGUCGCUGCCUCAUUUUCUACCGUCGCCAGCACUGGCGUCACCAGUCGGAUCACCCUCGUCACAACCGAACAUAGCCGUCAGCAAUGCGCAGUGCUCCACCCUCUUCGUGGCGAACCUGGGCCAGUUCGUGUCCGAGCAUGAGCUAAAGGACAUCUUCAGCAGUUUUCCUGGUUUCUCCCGGCUUCGUAUGCACACGAAGGGAGGGUCGCCAGUGGCCUUUAUCGAAUACCAAGACGUUCGCUACGCGGCCCAGGCGAUGGCCACUCUCCAAGGAUCCUUUCUCCUCUCCUCCGACCGGGGAGCGAUACGAAUCGAAUAUGCAAAGUCAAAAAUGGCCGAGGUGGGCUUUACAAAUCUCUGGAUCGAAGGAUCAAAGAGACAAGAAAACGGCCAACCUUAAGAUCGACAUCAAUGGCAUGUAAAAAGGCCCAAGAAGACGACAGGACGCGUUCUCGUAAAACAAGAAAAUCAUCGGAAAACAAGAUAGGAGAACUACACAAGAAGUCACACACUGUCGAGCAAUUGAGGAUUCGGCGAGAGAUCGCGAGGAGUGAAGCGUAGGACGCAGUAAACAUACAUACACACGUACACACAUACAUAUAACAAAUGAGGAAAAAAAGGAAGAGGAAAAAGGCAAAAAUUGUGAGCGGGGGCGGAAGGGCAAGAUUUCGCUCUUCCGUCCGGAAAGGACACAGCGAACACAACGGUAGGCAAAUUCUUGUAAAUUCUUCGACAUUGCACGGAGGCGUGUUGGUUCGUGCGACUCUAGCGGGGGGCCCAAUAUAAUCACAUAAUAAUUCCUAGGUAUAUAUAUUUUUUAACGAACUUAACUUAUCUAUUCGCGUACCUACCUUUACCUACUAUUUAUUUUCACCGUGUCUUUGAUCGCGAUCGACGAUGACGAAGCGAGAGAUAGGGACAAAGAUGAUAUAGGUGGAGCAUCGAAGAGGAAGCAGCAGAAGUAAUGAAGCGAGCGAGGAAGCGAGAAUUUUAUUUCUUGUGUGUGUAUACAUAUGUAAAGAAGAAUGGCACUCUUCGCAGUCACUCACGCGUACGUUACAUCGCGAUUUUAUUUAAUACAUACAUAUAAACGUACACACACAAACAAAUACAUUCACACGCAACAGUCGUGAAAAUUUUUUUAGACAUACUAUGCCACCCUGGGAUGCAUUUGCGACAUACCAAGAAAAUUGCAUUCAAUGAUAAUCUAUUAGGUGUUUCGGAAAAGGAACUUCUUACAAAUUUGUUAAAUAAGUCAUUACAUCGAGCUCGAGCUUUUCAAAUUGUUCAUAUCGUUGGAAAAGUAAUAAUCGCAAGAAAAUCGAGUCUCGAAAAGAUUAAGCUCAUUAACGUGUGAUUAAAACUGUACUGGUAGACACGAUGUAAAUCCUGGUGGCGGCUCUAACGCGAAAUUGCGUACUCCACACACUGAAACGGAACAGACGAGGCGAAGAUGAGUACAUCAAGCUUAAUACCAAAGGUGCCCUAAGAAGCGUGUAUUUUAUGUUUUAUCAUCGGCGCAUCGCGCGUAGCACGAGCGCGCGUAUACAUUUAACUAUUAUAUCUUGUUAAGAAGAGUCUAGUGUCCUAGGUGAAAGUAAAGAGAAUAAGAGAGAAUAUGUGUGUAUGUGUGUGGACGUGUGUGCGUGAGAAUGUACGUGUGUGUGUGUGUGUGUGUGUGUGUGUGUGUGUGUGUGUGUGUGUGUGUGUGUGUUUUGUGUGAAUGCGAGAAAAAAGAAGGAAGAAGGAAGUCCGAGCUGAAGUGUUAGCGAGAAUGGAAUUGCGAAUGCGAGAGAGCAUGCAUGGCGACAGGAAGAGAAAAGAGCAAUCAGAUCGAGAGAAUGGCAAGUGAGAUAUGAAAGAAUGUACGUAAUAAUCUUAUACAUAUAUAUACAUAACGAACGCGAACAUAUCAUAGGGUUAAGCCUGUAGAUGAAAAUUAAAGUCCAGCGAGAGGAGAAUUUGAACGACCGUCCGCUUCUCUGUAAAGCAAAAAAAAAUUGCGAGAAAAAGAGAGAGGGAGAGAGAAAGAGAGUGAGAGCGGACGGAAGAAAAGAGGGUGGUAGUGAAAGUGAUGUGCCCCGCGUGUUAGAAACGGCGGCCAACUCGGCACGUAAUUUGCCCAAGUGCCUUUCUGUUGGUCGAGUCACAAGCUGUAAUCGGUAGCGCGUUACACACAUAGAUCUUGUCCCGAUUUUUCGAACUCCUAAAGAGAGAACUCCCGACGCUUCUCUAAACGUACAACCGUACCCAAAUUACGUCCCAUUCGCCUCUCUUUCGCCCUAUCGCACUUCCCUUUCCCUUCCACCUUCUCCUCUUACUUUCUCAGUGGCGGAAAGCUGCAAUGAGGGCGCAUUCAAGAUCUCGUAAUGAUUGACGAGGAUCAAAGGCGAGCUUUCGGCGAGACUUGGAGCGAAUUUUCCGAAAUGACUCAACAAAUUCAUGAAGAUAGCUAUCUUGAUAAUUUCUAUUUAUCAUGAUUGAAGUUUUUCUUAGAUAAUGCGAAAUACUUCAUUAAUCUUGCAUCUCACAUGAAAGAAUUACAUAAUGAUUAUGUUUAUAUUAAUUAUAACGUGAGAUUAUAAAUAGAGCUUAACAAACAGCUGUAACGAAGAUUAUUAGUAGAGCAACUUUCAAUAAUCUUACGCAGCUUCCGCCGAUGAAUCCUCGAGUUUCACGACCAACCUUCGUAUAUCCCCCGUUAUAUCACUGGGCAUUUAUUACAUGCAUCCGCAAUUAACGAAAGUGGAAGUUACUUAAGAAACAAAAGAAAGCCGCCGAUUAAACAGUGGAUUAUGUUGAUAAUGGCGAUCAUCCAGCGGCGCGCUCGGGCGAACCGAUCGAUCAUCCAUCACUGAUCGCCCGUCAUCGUCGUCAUCGAUUGUUAAGUCACGAUCGCGCCAGUAUGUUCUUUAUUUUUCUACGGAAAGGGACUGGAGAGCACUACAUUAGAAAUAUCCGCGAUAUUAAGACUUGACGAAUACACGAUAGAUCCGAAUACAAUGGAAUGAAGCAGAAGGAUAUUAUUGUCAGAUACAAUGUACGAAUUUCCAUUUUAACUCUUUGCACUCUCACUCUCGAGUCCUACUUUACAUAGCAAUAUAGAUUAUUGAAUGGAGAAGGAUCAAAAAUUAAUAUUUUGUAAUGUUACAAAUUUUGAAUUUAACGCUACAAUUAACUGACGAACCACUGCGAUAAAAUGUAAUUUACGAAAAUUUAGGAAGUAUAAUCUAAGUUGUAAUCGAAUCGAGAGGCCUUAUAAUUCGAGGAGUAUUGAAACGGACUGAGAUUUAAAUCCUCCAUACGAGAGUAUCCAUCUCAGAUAUUAAAAACCAAAUAAUUGCAUUAACAUCCGUAAUUAAAUAAUAAAGAAAGAACUUACAUCCAGCGUAUCAUUGCGGAUAGAGUAACUUUUAUACGCUUGGACUCGGACUUACAUAUAUUUGGCCUUCCUUUAACAAAAAAAAGUAUUAUAACGCUCUCAUGCGUAUCUUUUGCAAUUAAGAAAAAUAAUGUAUAAGUUAUUAUAUAUCUGAGCGCAAAGAGUUAAUGGAACAUGUCAGUAUCAAGGAUAAAAAAGUCUAUAUGAAUUGGAAAUCCGUCGGGGAUAGUUCACGAAUAUAUCAUAAGUACCAGCAAAUAAGAUAGCAAAAAGAGACAAGAAAAGAAAUAUAGCGAGGAGAAUAAUAAGAAGUAUAACAAGCAAGUGUUGGAUAACGCGGCCGUGAUCGCUCGAGUAUUGAGUCGCGAUUGCGAGGAUGAUCGUCGAUCUUGGACAGAUGCAAGGAUGCGGCGCGGCAAACGCAUUAUUCGGUGUAUUCAAUAGCUCGUUAUUUUGUAAUUAGCCGUUAAGAGGCGGAUUCGUCGUUAUUCACGAUCGGAAUCGAUGAAUCGUUAGAUUGAAUUUUAAAGUGCUUUACAAGUGAACUAACACAUAUCAGUAGGCAGUACGCUAUUAUUACAUUAAUAUAGAGUGGUAUUUGCGUAAGGAUAUAUUAGAGGUUAAUAUAAAAUAUGAAGAAGUAUAUAUAUAUACAUAUAUCUACAGAUAGAUAUAUAUAUAUGAAGAAAAAAAAUAUAUGUAUAAACAGCGCGACUUUUAAAGUACAGGGGCGAGAAGUACAUGUCAAUCAGAUAUUUUGUACCGUCUCUAGAAAAUUACUCUAGCAAAUCCGUUUUAUUUCUUUUUUAUAUACGUAUAUAUAUAUACACAUGUGUAUAGGCAUAUACAUAUAGCAUCGUGGAAGCAAAUCGUGCGCAAAGCACUGCGAAACGAAUCAUGCGAAAUGCGAGCGUGACCGGGACCCUAUAGCGUUCUUUUAUUCUGCAAGUGGCGAAAAAUUAUAGAGCGGAAAACUCGAGAGGAAAAUCGUACAUUCAACGAAAAUGUAAACGAAAAGAUUACUUUAUAAAAUUAUUAAUUAAUGGAGAGCCGAAGGAUUGAAGAUAUAUAUAUAUACAUAAAUAAGCCUGAAUCUCUGUUUUACACUUAUGAAUGUAAGAAUUUAUGAAUCAAUGAAUUGACGAUUUGCAUAAAAGAUGUCUGCGAAUCGUUUAGAUAUUUCGAAAAUUAAGAAAUAAACAACAAUUUGCAGCAUUAAACCAAUUUAAUCGACUGUACGAUAUUUCCUUCGAGAAGACACGCUCUCGCUCUAACACUAUCGAAUCAUUGGUUCGCAUGAUUAAUCCACUGUACACUUCGGCAAAUUACAACUCGAAUGGUUUGCAUACAGGAAAUAUCUUCUAAAAUUUGAUCUACAAUAAGAACUUCACGUUUGCGUGAAGCUUACUAAAAAAAAGGGGGGAGGGGGGGAGAAAGCGAGAUCGAAGAAUGCGAGAUCACCAAAGAUGGCAAUGUAUCGAUCCAAAGACUACCAAUAGACCUCACAAAGACUAUAUCACGCUGUGAAAAAAGAAAAACAUUAAUAUGCACCACCUGAUACUAGAUUGCACCAAUCUACUGUGAAUGAUAACGCGAAGAAAAAUCAAGGCAGGCGUGCGAAUUGCGUGGAAUUAUAAUUCGCCUUUGCUUUUUGAGUUUCUCUCGUAGAUCCUGAUUCCGUCCUCGUAGGAAGAUCCUGCGGCAGGAUCGAUCCUCGAGAUAAAGCCUCUGCACCAUCAUAAACUACACGAAAAGCAUAAAGACGUUUUGGUUUGGAGUUUUACUUUUGAUUAAUAUCGAAACGAAUGUCGCGUAAUUACUUUUUCCAAUCAAUAACGGAUAAAAAGAGAAAGAAAUUGCACAUUGACACUCCGGUAGUCAGAGAUCGCCCGUAAAAUGUUACAAUUGACGGUAUCGAAUUGUCAUGGGCUUUUUAUAAAAAAGAUGGUUUUAAAGAAAAUAAUAUAAUUUGCAAUUGAAUUACUUAUACAUUUUUUGCUUACAACUGAUUACCGCGUCUCGAAUUUGCCAGCGUCGAAAGAGCUACUGUCUUACCAUAUAUAUAUACAUAUAUAUAUAUAUAUAUAUAUAUAUAUAUAUAUAUGCAUGAGUAUACAUAUAGAGCAAGAUUAAUAGAGCUCCUUCGAGCCUGACGAGCCUGACCAUACUUCGAAAGUAAUGACCAUAGUAGUAUUGUUGAGACACCAAAAAAAAAAUGAAAGUGAAUGUGAAAGUGAGAGGGCACGAUGAAAAGAUGCAUAAACAAAAUACAUAUCAAUUUUCUAAAGUGCGCGAAAUGCGAAGCGGAUUUACCGCGGCGAUAUAUAUUGGGUAACGGAUAGAGCUUCGUACCGAUAUCAGUGAUAAGUGUCGUGGAAGGGAGUUUAUAUACAUUCCGGACGAAUGAUUUAGGAGAAGGAGGAGGGGAAGAAUAUAAGGAGAAGGCGAAGAGAAGUACGAUAGUCUAAAAACAGCUUUUCUAUUAUUUGAAUACAAUUUUGUUAAUUGACUUAAACGACCGCAAGAACUCGUUCUGGCGGCGGAUUAUAAUGCGUCACGAUGUUUUUCGGAGUUUUGUAAGAUUGCGAGUAGAUAGUUAAGUAACCGUAGACUGUUCUACAUAGUUGUUAAUCGUAGUAUCACACGCGCUUUCUGUGGUAUUUAGUUGAUUCUGUCAUUGAUGUUACAUCCGUCUGACGACGCGCGACGUAAGUAAAGACGAAACUAGACGAAUAUUUAUAUAGAUGUAUAUGUACCGUGGACUUCGAUACUUAGAAAACAACUGCGAUCAGACAUUUAUAUUUUUUUUAUUUGAAAGUACUCAAUAUGCGUUGCGAUUUUACUCAUUAUAAAUUAUUGUUUAUAGAAACCAUUAUUGUUAUCAUAAUAUUUUUACUAAUAAUAAAUUUACAUUUUGAAAAUAUCUAGUUAUCUAAUAAAUAGUGUGUGGCAAAAAAAAAUAUAAUGUCUGUUCGAAGCCAUCAAGAAUCGAAGUAAUCUGUGGUAUUUUAUCUGAAAGUAAUUGAAAUAAUUAAGCGACUCGGCGACGCACGUACGUGUGGAAUCGAGAGUGUAGUCAAUUUGUAUAUUGCAACUGUCGCAGUCUGAUGGCGAGUUUGAUUCGUUAUUUAGCAAAAAUAUAGGCGGCUUGCGAGUUCUUAUUGAAAAGCCGGUCGUGCUCAGGUAAUCCACAUAUAUUCUAUUUAUACGAUUAUAUCGCGCGUGUCGAGUAAUCAUUUGAUGUGGGUAUCCUUUGCUCGGGCACAUCGGUAUUACUUAUGCAAAAUAUCGACACUAUUUCUUGACGACGGACGCGUUGGAAUGUAGAAAAAAAAUAUUAACAAUUGGAAUUCUAAAAUUGAAAUAAAAUUUAAAUCUGGAGGUAAAUGCGAGUGUGAUAAAUAAACAUGCUUUUUAAAACUGCGUAAAGAGAAAACUGUGAGUUAAUUGAGAGAUUGAGAGAAAGCUAAAUAUUUAACGAAAAAUUUAACAUGAAUGAAGUCAAACAAGUAACAUAAUCUUAAUUAAUUUCUUAAUAGGGCAUUCAUUAAUUUUUUAUAUUAUGAUUGUUGUUUAAUUUAUUAUGAGAUUGUUAAAGGAGAAUCGAUAUUAUUAUUAUUAUUAUAUCGCUUUGUAAUUUUUGCCUUAAACCGACCGCUUUGGUAUAGAUUCAAAUAAUUUUUUCUGACUCGAAUUUUCCCCGUUGGGGAAUAAUCUCGCACGAUCGUUCGUUAGCCUCGCGUUAAUCAUUUAAAUUCAAAAAUCGCGCAGUAUUUUGAUGCAUUCCCUCGAGAUAAAUAUUCUUUGAGGUAUAUGUACCUGAGAUUAUUCGACUAUUAAUUUAUUAUUAUUUACGCGACUCAUGCAAGUAAUCCUAAAGGGUUAAAAAUGCUACUUUGCGCUUUUAAACGAAAGUAUUCUCGCGAAUCUCACGAUUAUCGUAUUUAUCGUCCAAGAGAGUCGAGAAUCGGCGACCAGUUGGCUCAUGCCAUUAUUGCCAAUUACAAAUCUUUUUUCUCUCGUGCAUCUCGUCACACACGAAUAAUAUCGAUCAUUGCAUGAGACCAGAAUCUGUAUAUACAUCGUUAUAAUAUGCAUCAGUAUGAAUUAAACUGGGCUUUAAAUCCUAUAAGCUAAUUAUUGAUUAAAGGAGAAGAUUAUUUAUUAUACGAAUUUUAACAUUUAACAUCGAUCCUCGGAAAGAGAAUUUACAUCAGCCAUUUUAUGUCACAGAAUGUAUUUUGAUGUACAUUUGCCGUAGGAAAAUUGCUAAAUUCGUUGAUGCAAUUAGCGAUACGCGUAUCUGACAUGCGCUAUGCACUUUCUAUACUAACACAGAUAUAAAAUUUAAAAGGCAAUGAUAGGAUGAUUGUCACAGUGAAUUAUAUUAUUACUUAACCCCCAUCGUUUAUACAUUAAUAACGCAUCCAAAUUUAUGGUAUAAACAUUUUUCAAGCACCUUUUUAAAGGUAAACUUAUUCGUAUUCUUUGCAAAUUUUAUAGCACAAAGUAAUAUUAUUUAUUUAGUUUAUUUUUUUACUUUUUAAGAGGAUUCAAUUUUUGCGAAUUUUUUUCACUAUGACAUAAUCCUGUUCAAUCAUCGACGGCAGCCUUUAUACCCGUCCAAGCCAUGAUCGCAAGAUCGAUUCACAACGACGACUACGUAUUGAGAUCACAAAUUUGGGGAGAGAGGGGAGUUGUGCACACGUGAGCGAGUAAGGAGGGCGCCUAGAAAAGAGAUUUUUCAAUGUUCGGAUAUCGAAGUAUGUACUUAUCUAGAGGAUCGUUCGAGAAGAGUCGGGACUUAUAGUUGCUUAAUUAAUUAUUUGCGUCUGUGUAUAUGUACGUAUGUAUGCAUGUGUGCAUGCGGCUGUGUGCCUGGGUGGAUACGUGUGGAUAAACCCGUUCACGAGAGGGAAAUAUUUGUAGAUGGUGAUAUGGACGGAUGUCUACACGACGAACUGUGGUAGUUUAUACCAAACGUUCACAAUUUCCGGUCGCGAAACCGGAUAAUCUUGACAAAAUGAUUAGAUGAGCGAAGUAUAUGUGGGAAGAGUCCUUCACUUUUACCGUGAUCUUGGAGGAAUAAUGUGAUAAGUAAUACCCAUUAAGCAUCGUAAGGCCAAAGUAAACGUGAAGAACUGUUCUUAUGGAUUCUUAUGGAAUCGAUGAAUUAAUUUAUCCAUCUGUCAACGAAAAUUAAUGCUAAUAUUCUUGAUGAUCCUAUAAAUUGAGAUGGAUGGAGCAGUUUAUACGAGGCAUGCGAGAAUUUUUAGGAUUAUAUAAGCUUAUUCUAGCGUGUUCAUAGUGUGUUCCGUGGAAAUCUCAUGCUGUUAUAGACCUCGCCGAUUCCGCUUUCUGAAUACGUGAGUUUGCCGAUUUACAUAUGUGUCCGUGGAUUAGUACGAAAUUGCGAAUAUCCGGAUCUUUGAAGAUACGAAUUUAUAAUAUUCCCGCUUUAUAGAUUCGUCGGGUAACUUUUCUCAUUUUAUAACGUUCAUUGAUUCGUGAAUGUUCGUAUGAAUUUUCUCGGGCGUAUGGAUUUAUGGAUCUGUAGAUUUAAACCUCUGUUUCAUAGAUCCGAGUUUACGCUCAGAUGGACACUACGCACACACUGUGUCGCGUCUGGUAUACGUCGGCCACGCGUGAUUGAAAUCUGCGUUUUCGCAGACGCUUAAGAAGCAUGUUGUGGAUGUGUAAGUUAGCGUCGUGUAACUAAUAAUUCUUUGACAGGGUUAAUGUAAAUUGGGAUAUCGAGCUGUAUCACAAUUCGCAUUCGAACAAAGUAACCAAAUUCAAACGAUACAUCUGAUGACGGCCGAUUUUGUGUUUCGACAUACAUUCCACGCAGCCGAGGGAAUAAAAUCCGUUGACCACUAAAUGCACGUUACGAAGAGUUUGAGGAGUUUAAUUUGUACAUGAUACUUUCAUGAUCAAUGUUUCGCGAAUAUGUCAAAGAUGAAUCCGCGUAGUCAAUACUGCGACAUGCGUAAUCUCAGUUAAAACAAAAAAAAAAGACAGAAUAUGACAAUCACACGUGUCACGAGAUCGAACAGUAACUCGAGAUACUAAGAUCGUUCGGCAUCGCUCAAUUUGCAAUGAGAAUUCCUGAGGGAAAACACGUAACUGCUUUUGAUACUUAUACACUGUACAGUGACGUACGAUAUUUUGAAAGUGAUAAAAAAAAAACACGCCCUUACAUUCUUAACAUAUCAGAAACAGCGAAAUCGAUCGAUCAUUCAUAAUAUAUGCUGGGCCCGUCUUUAUUCUAUUAAAAAAAAAAAAAAAAAAAAGAAAGAAACGUACUAGAGUACCUAUCUUGUUUUAUUACUAUUAUCUAUGUUAUUAUCUAUCUCAGGGUGUUUCAAAGAAUUGUAUCUGUGGGUGAAAGAUGAAGAAGAUAAUACAAAUCGAUCUAGUCCAAAAGAAUUGUGUUUUUCAACAGAGGGUACAAUACAUUAGUGUUUAUCGACGCGAAAAGAAGAUCUUUAAGUUCUGCAACUAACAACUCACAAUAUCUGCACCACACUUAACUUUCCUACAUCCACUUGCAAAUUAUAUGUUUAGUAAUAUUAGGUAGUUUAAAUUAGUUUUUCAUAGGAAAAUAGAUUUAUUUAAAUCAAACGCAAUAAAUGAAUGAUCUUUUCAUAAUACAAAGGACUGGGGGGGCUACGUUUCAAUAACGUCAGCUUAAAAGACGUCCUGCAAUUUUCUUUCAGGCAAGUUAGAUAAACAUGUCCGGCAUGGUAAAUGAUCGAGCGCGUUUCGCCAAGCUAAUCGCUUUAAUUAAGGGCACGCAUUGGACCACAUUCGUCGUUCGUAGACAACCGCGAGCGUUCUGUGGCGUUUAUUAAUCGAUAGAUACACCCGUGUCUUACAUUUGUAUCCGUCUGCAUGUAUGUAAGGACGUGUCUCUUUGUGUAGCUACGUUGUCCGUGUAUUUAUUUGCGUGUUGUUUCUAGAUUCAUAUCGCGCGCGUAUUGCAUGCGUGAACGCGCGGUUUCGGUUUGCGCCCGGUGUCUGGGUGGCAGAUAGGCGAGAAAUAUUGCGUAUGAGAGAGAAAGAGAGAUGUUGGAAGUAAUGCAUAACGUCGAUGGAGUGGAAGCGUUCGAGGAAAAUGGGAAUAUUUCCUAUCACAUGAAUCUCGUAUGCGUGUAUAUAUGUAAUAUGUACAUGUAAUAUGUACAUUUAAAUAUGUAAUAAUCUAUUGAUCUGCAUCGUAGAAAUUUAUUAAAGUUGGCUCCAAUGCAUCGUGGAGACUCUUUGCCUUAAUUGUUUCUAUUUAAAAGGUACGUUUUUUUUUAACCUUUCGAGGCUGUACAUCCUUGAAAAUAAAUAUUUUUAGAAUUCAGAUCUAAUAGAAUUAUUACAAAAAGUUGCUAAAUUUUUGGGAGAUAUUAGAAAGGAAAAAAUUUCUUUUUAGAAAUUCGUUUUACAUUCUUAAAUAUAUAUCUAAAUAUGUUGAUUGUAAUAUUUAUGAAUUUCACGAUGCAUAUACAAACGACUUUGAGGCAAAUCAUGAAAUUGAAUCGCGAUUCGAUUCAGGAAAACGAAAAUUGUGAGUUACGAUGAUGUAUAUAUAAAAAGAAAUUUCGCGAGUUGAUUUCUAUACAUGGAAGAAAUUUUAUUGCGCGGAGAUCAAUGGCACGCUUUCUUGACGAUCUUUUCGGCGUCAGAGCUCUAUAUUAGACUCUGCAUUAGCCGUUACUUGUUCUUUACACUUGGUUAUCGUACACUCGUUAGCCGCACAGAUGAAUGAUUGUCAGAAACGUGCCUACAUCUGCCGCGAAUCCUUGCAAUUCGGGAGCGUAAUCGAUUCAUAAUUAAUGUAAUAAUCGCUUCCGCUCUCGUAUCGGUGUCGGUUCAUGGGGAUUCUACGAUCACUUUGGAUUGCCCACUCGAACGCGGAACGGUGUGAUUUUUCUCUGUUAAAUAUGUACGACGAUCGUAGCAGUUUCCUCCAUGCAGUAAGCGAUCUAUGUAAGCAUCUGCAAUAUGUUUACAUAGAAACAAUUCAUUUCUAAAAAUUGUCGACGUUGUUCAUGGGAUAGCGAUUAUCGUUACAAGAGAGAGAGAGAUUAGUAAAGCGUUGCGAAAAUAUGGAUUUUUGACACACUCGAGCGAUCAGUCGACAGAUCGAGUGAAUUUAACACUUUGCGGAUGAAAGUGUGUGAAACGACGUCCUACACUUGGUCCUUUUUGGAAGAAUACUGUGCGACGAAUACAAAUGUUAUUUUUGCGACUGAGUACGAUCAUAUGUUCGCUUAGAUAUAAUCGUCACUUUCGAGAUUAUAAUUUUGUAUUUAAUAUCUGAUGUGUAUCACAUGCAUAUACAGCUGCAGAAACUAGUCCGUCCCCUGCGCACGCCACAGUACAGCACGGUCAGUCCGCAAAGUGUUGAAAACUCGAAUCUACGUAUUUGUAAUUGGUGGUAAUAAUAGUGAACUCCUAAAUGAUUUUAUAGAUCAUUGUCUUAUACUGAAAAUUUCACAAUUGAAAAAAAUCUUUAUUUUUUUUUUUUACGUGACCAGAGGGACAUGGGAUUGAUAGAAUAAUUUCAUUAUAAUGCAAUCUCUAUGAUGCAAAUUAAUUAAUGCAAAGAAAGGAAUUACUUUAGAGUUUAGACUAUUUUAUGUGAACAUUUUUUGAGAAUUAAUAUUUAUAAUGGUACGUACUCUUAUUGUUGAGAACAUAAUUAUGCAGCAUUAUAAGCUUUACUUAUCAAAACAUACACAUUUCUAAUGAUGCAGAGGUAGCAUUAUAUUUGAAAAAAUUGAGUAUUUUAAUGAUUUUAAUCCCUCAAAUAUAUGACAACUGUUUCAAUUACUUGUCAUAUAGUUUAUGAAUAGCGUAUCAAUCGUUUAGAGUUUUUUCUUUGUUAUUUAACAGUUUUUUUUAUGUUACAAUAUUUUCAAAGUUUGGGGUUCACUACGUAUCGCGAAUUACAAAUACUAUGCAUCAGAAUACAAGCCGACGGUUACGUAGAUAAUUAACAAUUCUGUGUCGACAUUGUUCUAUAAUAAUUGAGUAGCGCGGGAAACUUGCGUACACUGUAUAUUGGUAACAUUCAAUUUUUGUUCAUCGUGUACACACGAGAGUAAUCACACACGCUAACCAUCGAAAGUGACCCAGUACACAGGCAGCAAAAUCGAGUUUACGCAGGCGUGCGUCGCUUGACACGACGACGAUUACCCUAAAGAUUGUGCGUGCAUAAUAAUAACAGCAACAUUAAAUAAAGAUAGUAAUAAUAAUAACGGUAAUACUUUCGUAUUCGUUACAAAAAGGGGAGGAUACGAUACAUCUGACAUAUUUACGAAAUAAAGUUCGCGCGUAAAUUCGUAGAUAAUAACAACAAUACCGAUACUGAUAGUAAUAAUGGAUAAUGAUGAAUAGUAAUAAUAAUAAUGAUAAUGAUAAAAUUAGCUGCAGCUUUCUGUGUAAGGUUAUUGUGAUAUUUAAAGAAUAAUAACUUUACCGUAGCGACAUUGAACUAUGUUCAGAGAUAAGAAUAUGAUAUUUAGUGAGCGAAUAAUAACAUUAAUAAUGAUAGUAAUAAUAUGAUAGUAAUAAUACUAGUAAUUAAUCAGUAUGUCGACGGGGCUUGAGUGGAUACGCCUCUCCGAAAAUCGAUCUACGGCGAAGUACAAAAUCGGAGCCGUAGACAAUCGCAACUCUCUCGUUACUUCUUCUUCAUUUUUUUUUCUAUUUUCCUUAAUAUUAUAUAUACAUCUAUAUAAACGUUUCUCUUGUUUUAUCAUUAUCACGGACGAGGUUUGAAACGACAAUCUGAGGCCUCGUCAAAUACUGCCGGAUGCGUGAGGGAUAUUCCGAAGAUCGAUUGAAAUGUAAUAAAGAAUAUAUCGAAGGAUAAAAUAAACUAAUUAUCUGCCACCGUGAAUUAUCAGAGCGGUGGCGAUUGUUCGACAAUUCGGAACGUCCAUGACGUAAUCUGGAUUAAUCCGUCCAUAAAAUGUCUCACGCCGGAGACAUUUGCACAAACGCGUGCAUAUUAAUCAUUGGGACUACAAAAACAUAUCAUCAUAUAUGUAAUAAUACUAUAUAUAUAUUAUAUAUAUAUUAACAAGAAAAUAUUAAGCAAUAAGAAUUUAUUUAUAUGCCCGUAAAGAAAAAAAAAGAGAAACAAGGACGAAUGAAACAAGAAAGAAAACAAGUAACAUAUUAAACAUUGCAUAUCAAUUCGUGUGUCUGGGCAAGGAUUAGCUUAUAUAUAUAUAAAUAUAAAUAUAUAUAUAUCUAUAAUCUUUACUUCGUCGUUGUCAGGCGUUAAUGUUAAACUUAAUUAUCAUUAAUUAAUUAUUAGAUUGUGAAAGAAUUUCUUCAGGUUCUAAGCAAGAUUUGGAAAUAAUAAAACGAGCAAAAUACA